CGGCGAGGUGUGCGGUGCGGCGGCGGCGGCGGGGCCUCCUUCAGCAUGCUCUCCACUCUCAUUUGGGUCGCCGGCACGCUCUUCCUCGCCAAGGAGCUCGUCUCCUUCCUCUACGUCUUCUACAAGGGGCUCCUUCGCGCGCCGAAGGAUCUCACCAAGUAUGGCAAGUGGGCGGUCGUGACGGGCGCGACCGACGGCAUCGGCAAGGCCAUCUCGUUUGAGCUGGCGCGCCGCGGCUGCUCGGUGGUGCUGGUGUCGCGGACACAGUCGAAGCUCGACGCCGUGGCGGCGGAGCUCAAGGAGGCGUACCCGAAGGUCGACGUCAAGACCGAGGCCGUCGACUUUGGUAACCUCACAAAGGACCGGCUGUCCGAGCUUGAGAAGUCGCUGGGCGGCCUGGAGGUGGGCGUGCUCUUCAACAACGUCGGCGUCAGCUACGACUUUUCGCAAUGGUUCCACGAGCUUCUCGACUCGGAGGUGGAGGCCCUGCUCAAGCUCAACGUCGAGUCCACCACCUGGAUGACCAAGCUGGUGCUGCCCGGCAUGGUCAACCGGCGGGCAGGCGCCAUCGUCAACCAGUCCUCUGCCGCGGCUCGCUUCCCGCUCCCGCUGCUCGCCGGCUACUCGGCCGCUAAGGGCUACAUCGAGAACCUGACUCGCUCCUGCCACGGCGAGUACGAGGCCAAGGGCAUCCACUUCCAGUGCCAGUCGCCUCUCUGGGUCGCGACGCCGAUGGUCUUCCCAAACUCGAAGGUCCCUCCCGAGAAGCGCGCCACCCUCAUGGUCCCCACGCCGAAGAAGUACGCCCGCUCCGCCGUCGCUGCAAUCGGGCAGGACACGCUCAUCUCGCCGUACUGGGUGCACGAGAUCGCAAUCUGGUUCGGCAACCGGCUGCCGGAGUUCCUCGUCGUGCAAGGCAUCCUCAAGAUGCACCUCGCCGUCCGCUUCAACAAAAAGUGCGUCGCAAAGAUGGAGGAGAAGCAGAAGAAGGCGCAGUGAGGAGGUGGGGUGCUGUGCCGGCCGUGAGCGAUCGGUGGAGCGUUCGGUGUCGAUGCUUGCCGCACAUUCACAGUGGCAGCGCGCGGCUGUGGCGGGGCAGGAACGGGGCAGGAGAAACAGGUCACGUGUCUGGAUCUCAGGUCGGGAGGGACAGCUCAGGAGGGCAGACGAGAGGUGCUCGUGCUGACUUUGCUUUGUGGGCAUAUCUGGCUCGGGGGCGGGGGAGGUUUGGCAUUGGUGCUCUGCUGACGUUGUGGGAGCAAUCGGCUGCACUGUACACACAUGGCCCGGAGGAGUCAGAGGAGACAUUCAUUCACACAUCUAGUCCGGGGGGGGGCUCCGUGUGUAGGCCGCGUAGCGCAGAGCACGCGCGGUCCUCGGCUUCGCUCUCCUUUUCGCUUUGUGUGUGAUAGUAACACGCUGACUUCUGCGC